AUGGCCAACAAGCAGACCUUUGAAAGUCCCGACUACCACAUUCAGGCCAAGAAGACUAUGACAGCUCCAGUAACGCUUUGGCUCAGACUUCUACAGCUCAAGGAGGGAGCCGAGUUGGGGGUCGCAGUCGUGGCGCUGCCAGGACUUGAACUGCUGGUCGUGGACGACAAGGAGACAUACUGCUGGAGUCUAGUUGACGCACUUCCCCCGGGCCGACGUGCAGCCACAGCCGUACAGAGACCAUCAGUCAUUUGCAGCAAUGGUACGAGUAUUAACCCUAAGUGGGGCACCAACAUUGGUGGUUUCAGCAUAUUCAUCAACCUCAAGAGUGCAUCCAAUCUCACCACGUCCGAUGAGGAGCACACCUUUGACGGCGCCGACAUUUUGCCGGGUUCUGGAUAUAUCUUCAACUUGAAAGACGCCUCCAACAACAUCCUCGCCAAUGAGCCCUUCCUAUUCAACCACGCCUCGCUAAAGUUCCUUUUGGUGAAGUACAUCCGUGAUGGAACAUAA